AUGUUACCAUCCCAAAAGAAGAUAUUUGCAUCACAAGCAACCGAAAUAGAUUUAGCCAAAAAAUUUAAAAUCCGUCUUAAUGCUGCAUUUGAGCUCAUGAGCAAUGAAGCUGAUGGAAGGGAGUUGCUUGGGUUCACAAAACUGGACCAAAAAAAUUAUUUGAGAAUAAAGAGGCGAAAGAGUUUAGCAUAUGGGGAGGCAGGUAGCAUUUUGCAAUAUUUUCGUGAGAAAAGAUUGGAGAAUCCAUCUUUUUUUUACUUGGCCCAAUUAAAUAGCGAAAAGCAUAUUACAAAUAUAUUUUGGGUUGAUGCUCAGAUGAUCAUGGAUUAUGGGCAAUUUGGUGAUGUGACUUUCGACACUACUUACAAGUUAAAUAGUGCACAUAGACCAUUUGCGUCUUUCGUUGGAUUUAACCAUCAUAGGGAAACUAUUAUAUUUGGCGCAGCGUUGAUGUGUGAUGAGACUGCCGAUUCUUUUAUAUGGCUUUUUAGAAGAUUCUUGGAGGCAAUGUCAAGUAAGGCUCCGAAAAUAAUUUUUACGGAUCAGGAUGUUGCAAUGGCUAAGGCCAUACCUAUUGUCAUGCCUAACACAAAAUGCCACCUUUGCACUGGGCAUUUGAUGCAAAAUGCAUUAAGGCAUGCAAAUUCUAUCUUCAAGGAUAAGGGGGUGAAGAGUGUUUUAUCCAAAUUUAUGUACGACAUUGAAGAUGAGGAAGAGUUUACGUUAAAAUGA